AACAACGUAGUCGCGACGUCGACUGUUUGCCGGCGAAAAUAAGGCCAAGCCUUAAGCCCCCUUAAGCCAAGGUUAAGCUGAAAAGAAAAGCAGUGUAUUCUGACGUUAUCAGCUGGUAUUUGGUUGUUAUGAGCAUGUACCACUGCUUUGCUAUGGCUCAGCACCGAUUUACAUUGUCUGAUAGGCUUAUCAGAGCAAUCAGCGGCUGGACCCUAUCACCUAAGGACUCUGUAGAAUCUGUACUCGCUGAAGGAGCCGAUGUGAAUCAGAUGCAUGGCACCCUCCUACCUCUACACUGUGCUUGCAUGACAGGAGAGGAUGAUUAUGUUAAGCUUCUUCUGGAUCAGGGUGCAGAGGUGAAUGCUGUUGAUGGGUAUGGUCGAGCUGCUAUCCAUUACGCUGCUGAACAAGAUGUAGACUGCCUAAGCCUUCUCCUGGAAUCUGGUGCUGACCCAAAUGCCCUUAACGCCAACGGUGAGACUGCCAUUCAUUGGGCUUCCUUCCGCAACCAGGUUGAGUGUGUCCAGGCUCUUCUUUCAAAGAAUGCAUCCAUCAACAUACCAGAUAUCCAUGGCAACACUCCACUUAACUGGGCAGCAAUGAAGGGAAACCAUGAGUGUGUGCAGUUGCUCCUGGAGUAUGGUGUCGAGACCCACACGUCAAGUGUCGACGGAGUAUCCCCCAUCUCUCGGGUUGCUUCCUUGAUUGCAGCGGGACUCGACGUUGAAGAGGAAGAAAGUUGCCUAAAUCUACUUAUCAGUGCUACCGGUCAGUUUGACAUUCGAGACGAAGAUGGUUUGAUCCCCUCCGCCAUUCAAAAUGACACGGCUUUAUGCAAUAUGCUAUGGCAGCUUUGCUCCCAUCCUCGGUCAUUGCGCCAGCUGUGUCGUUAUACUAUUAGGCACCACCUCAACAAUACGCAUCUUCCUACUGCUGUAAAACUGUUGCCACUUCCAGCACGCCUACAGAGGUACCUACUACUGCAAACUUGAUGGUAAUAAUUUCUAGAGAGACUGCAUAUUUAUAUAUAAGCUACAAUACAAUAAUGUGGACCUCUUAGAAAAUCCAUACAGUAAAUAUCCACCCUAUCAUAAUGAUAACAAUACUAAAUAAAAUCUUCAUCAAUUGAUUGGUUGAUAGUGUACAUGUGACUAAACUUUGUUGUGCCUAACACAAAAUUUUACUUAAUGAGCAGUACAGUGGUGACCAGGCAUAAGGAAAUUAACCAGCCAGCCCAAAACCAACAAUAAGUCACCAGGAAAGGUUCUCUUUAAAUAGCAAAAUAGAAAUUUGGUCUCCAAUUUAUAAGCAAAAAAAAGGAAAAUUAGAAAAAGAACAAAUUGUCUCCUCCAUACUGUCAAAGUCUGAAGAUGCAAAGUUGAAUGAAAGACAAAAUGAGUUGCUUAGACACCAUUUCUUAUGGACUGCCUGUAACUAAGAAUGAAUAAUGCGCACAUAUUGUGCUUUAGUGAACCCAAACUUCAGUCCUUGUUUUUAUCCUUUUUUCGAUUCAAUCAAGUACUGGUGAGGGUUAUUGAUCAAUUUUGAUAAGUUGUAUUUCAAAGCUUGCGAUGUGCUAUUUCAACAAGCUCAAGGAAAAUCCCAAAUUCAUUUGUGGAGACUUAUUUAUGGUUUUUGGGGUGGAUGGUCACAAAUGUUAACGUCACAAUAUACUUUCCAUGUAUAUAGAAAAAAACAGUAGGGAAUGCAGGAAUGUUCAAUGAAUGUAUGUCUCUCAACAAUAAAAAAACAUCUUUGGGACCCGUGGAAAAGAACAUUCCUGCAUUCUUCUUAAGUAAUACAUUGAAAAUGGACAAUACAGCUUGUCCUUCCUGUUGACUGGCUAUUCUAAUUCAUUUUGAAUUAUGUUGGCACCACAUCCCUAGCGAGAUAAACUAAUUAGAAGAUCAUCAUGUCUGUACAACUAUUAUCUCUUAUUUCAUGAAAAAAAAAUUAUUUGCUUUGGGAUGUUUUUGAGUGCAUACACCCUUCUUCACUUGAGCGUAAUUCCAUUUACAAAUGAUUGGAAAGUAAGAGAAUUAAUAACAUGGUUUCCAAGUUUAAAUACCCUUUCUUCAUUUGAAAAUUAAGUCAAUAUGAAGAUUUAUACAAUGUUAGUCAUGAUCAUUUGACUAUUUAAUGCAUCUGGUAAACAUUUUGGGGAAAAUAA